GACUUUUAGCGGAGACGUUACGGCCGCUGCUCGAGCUCCACCGCGUUGACGUCACGGGAGCAUGUGGGUUUGUUAUUGCAGGAAGUGAAGAUGGCGGCUCAGUCGUUGCUCUCCGAGUCUUUACUCGGAUGGUCUAUUUUUACCUUUAUACUUUUGGUCAUCCUGGCUUUCUGUUGGGUUUACAUUCGUAAAUUUCAAAGUCGACAAGAGAGUGAAGUCGUUUCAACUAUCACAGCAAUAUGUGCACUGGCCAUUGCUUUGAUAACAUCUGCGCUUCUACCAGUGGAUAUAUUCCUCGUUUCAUUCAUGAAGUAUUCCAAUGGUACCUAUAAGGAAUGGGCAGCAAACAAUGAGACGAGGGGACAGAUUGAAGACACUGUGCUGUAUGGAUAUUACACACUUUACUCCAUCAUACUAUUCUGUGUCUUCCUCUGGAUCCCCUUUGUUUAUUUUUACUAUGAAGAAAGGGAUGAUGACAACACAAACAAAUGCUCGCAAGUGAAAAACGCUCUGAAGUACACAAUUGGAUUUGCCAUUGUCUGUGUGGUUCUCCUUUUAAUUGGAGCCUUCGUUCCAAUUGGGGCCCCACCCAGUCAGAAUUCCACUCAAUGGGAGAAAGUACAGUACCUUUUUGAGGAGCUUGGGAGUAGUCAUGGUCUACCUGCUCUGUCUUUCUCCAUCAGCUCCCUGACCUUGAUUGGCAUGUUGGCAGUCAUCACUUAUACGGCAUAUGGUAUGUCCGUACUGCCUUUGAAUCUGAUAAAAGGCACCCGGAGUGUGGCGUAUGAACGCCUGGAGAACACUGAGGACAUUGAUGAUGUUGAGCACCAGAUAGAGAAGCUGAAAUCCAAGUGUAAUGAUGGACGUCCUUUGUCAUCAAGGGACAGACGCAACCUGCAGGAGCUGGAGGGCAAACUGCAGGUCCUGCGCCGUAGGGGAAGACACCUGGAAAUUGCAGAGAGGAACUGCUGCACUAAAGUGGGCAGUGCUCUCAGGCCUGUCAAGAUACUGUUGGGCAUUUUCUUUAUCCUGGUUGCACUGGUGUUCACCGUUGCCCUGUUCAUUUCAAAUUUGGAUAAAGCCCUCCACUCUGCUGGCAUCAGCUCCGGGUUCAUAAUCUUUGGCACCAACCUAACCAAUCCUCUGAAUGAACUUCUAUUAGCCUUACAACCCGUUUUUCCAUUGGAUUACAUCUUGAUCACAGUCAUCACCAUGUACUUUGUAGUCACAUCCAUGGCUGGCAUUCGCAACAUGGGCAUCUGGUUCUUCUGGAUAAGGCUAUACAAAAUAAGACCCAAGAGAACUCGCCCCCAGGCUCUUCUCUUCCUCUGUAUGAUUCUUCUCUUGAUCGUCCUUCACACCAGCUACAUGAUCUACAGCCUAGCCCCACAAUAUGUCAUGUAUGGCAGCCAGAAGUAUUUUGUACAGAGUCAGAUGCCUUCAGCAGGCCCUACAUCUGGGAAUGCCUCUUUUGGCACCACAAGGAUCUGUGAUGCUGAUGCGCCUGAGGAUCAGUGUACUGUGACAAGAUCCUAUCUUUUCCUCCACAAGUUUUGGUUCUUCAGCACAAUCUACUACUUUGGUAACUGGGCCUUUAUUGGGGCUUUCCUCAUUGGUCUGGUGGUGUCCUGCUGCAGAGGGAAGAAGUCUGUGAUUGAAGGCGAGGUGGAGGCCGAUGACUCUGACAUAAGUGAUGAUGAAUAUGUGCACUGAGAAUCUGCAGAUAUCCCAACCCUAACUUAAAGGGACUAGAAAGUACAGUUUCAUAAACAAAUAAAUGGAUGUCAAUAAUUUCUAAUAAUUUAAUGUAUUACUUUUAAGAAGUUAUUGCAGUGGUGUCUUCUGGAUUUGAGUUGACACAUUCCUCCCCAUAAUGAGACCGCUCAGACUGAUUGUUAUGUCUUUCGCAGUCAAUAUUAUUGAUGACUUUGGGAUUCCGGGAGUGUCCUCCAACUCAGUCCUACCUUGAGAAUUCACUUAUCAACAGUUUGAAGCUGACACAAAUUGGUCAUUUUUCUGCUGGAGGAGAGAUGCUUAUUGCAGCAGCAGAGACAAAAUCGUAUGCUGCUUCGAAACAUUAUGUCUGAGUUCCAUGUGGAGACAGAGCAUGGACAUAAGCAUGUUUUUUAAAUUCUCAAAGCACUUUCUAGACCCUUUAAAUGGGUACUUUAUGACAAUAUCAAGAGUUGGCUUUAAUAUACCUUUUAAGAUAAAUUGCUUUGAAGACGAUUGAGCCAACACAAACUGUUCUGCUUGCUUGUUUUCUGAAAAACUAAUUGGUAUGAAAAAAAUAAUGAUUCCUAAGUGUUGACGGCAGUAACCUUUUCAAAGUUUGUUUUGCUUGUUUUUGUCUGAGGUUAAAUAGGAUGCUUGACUGGUAGCUGCUUUUUUUCCCUACACAUUGAGGUAUUCGCAGUCUAAGACCAUUAUUUAAGCAAACGUUACUGCACUCUCAUAGCUGCACUGUGUGUGAAAUGUAAAGGACCAAUUGCAGUUUUUCAGCAUUUCAGUUACUCUUGUUUUUUUAAUGAAAUAGGCUCUGCAGUUUUUUACUCUGUGUUGGAAGAGCAUGAGAAAAGAAUUAAUUAAUCAAAGAUACGGAUGUAUUUUUUCUUAAUAAGGAAUACUUCUUUUUGGACAGUGCUUUAAAACAGCAGGCUUGUUGCAUAGAACAAUUAAUCGUUUUUUUUUUGUUUUCUGCUAUUGUUGAUUUCUUCUCACAGUAUUUACCAGUUUAAAUGAAUACAGCCUGCUGAUUUAAUUAACAUUUAACAAAAUAUGAAUAUGAUUUUUUUUUUUUAACCAAGUGGUUGUGCCUCAUGAAUGUAUGGCACCAUGAUGGGCACAGACGUUACUGUAUAUAUUCCCUUAUAUUAGCCUUAAAGAAAUCAUCUUAUGUUUUUCCUUAUUCUGGUUACCCUUGUUGAGAAUCAAUGGAACCAGCAGCUGGAGAUGUGAUCAGAUGAUGAUGAUGACCAAGACUGCAUCACAUUUAGGUUUCUUUUGGCUGAAAAGAAUGAUGCUGUGGAAGUUUUGUCCAUACUUAAUAAUGUAUUAACUGUAUUAAAUGAAAUAAAGCAAGAUGAUAAUUAGUCAUUUAGACUGUUCAAAGUGAGUAAGCUAGUUCCCCUAUGGAAUUCCUAGUGUUUGAGUCACACUUUUGUUAAGUUGUAAUCCAUACAGCACAGUAUAGGGAGCAUCUUUUUGCAGCUGGGUCAGUUUGAGUCAAAGCUGUCCACAGCCAUUUUUCCCCCUGCCUGCUCCCAAAUAUCUGAUCAUUUGUCACAUUGCUGCCCACAAAACAUAAUGACUUUGUGGUUUCUUGUGGUUUUUCUUAAUCGCUCUCGAGUUUGUGAUGAACAUAAAAAGGAUUAAAAUGGCCUUUAAUUCUGUGUUAUAUACCUUAUUUAUCUUCAUUAAUCCCUGACUAUAGUGACUACUGUGACAAAUUAUUACCACAUUGUGUUCAGAGUUGACAAAAUCUAUUAAAGAGCUCCAAAGUGUG